AGCCUGCUAACAUCACACCAACACACGGUAACCAAAAAAAGCACAGAAAUACUGAAUGUCUAUUGGUCAACAAAAUGAUAGACGGCUAAUUUAGCGAAUAAUAAAAUCCGAACAGGGCUCAGCCCGGAUGUCUAAUCCAAUCACAAUCACGGAAGGCAAAAAAAGGAGGAGCUUUUUAAGUUCCUCUGGAAGUGGCGGUUUGUUUCAAUAUGGCGGCGGUUGCUGAGGGAGAAACGGAUGCUGCUGGGAUUUAUUGGAUUAAUGACACUUCAGAAGACGAGCAGUCCGUAGUGUUUGUUCCAGGAGUGAGUAAAAAGAUGGGUCUGAAGUCGGUGUCCGUAAGCAGUAAUGAAAAGAAGGCCAAACCUGCCUUAGACAUCAAAAGGAGGACUGGAAAAAAACCGGGCCGAAUAACGGAUACACCCAUGGCGAAGACGUCUUUGCAGAAAAUCUCUGAAUUUACGUCCAAAUCCAAAAUGCUACCUCGGGUGUCGGCAACAUCAGAGUCGCAGGACGUCUCUCAUAGAUUGCACGUCCAAAGCAAGGCUUCCUUGAAGGACCUAUGUCCGGAAGACAAGCGUCGCAUCGCUAACCUGAUUGAAGAGCUGGCUAAAGUAAGUGAAGAGAAAGAAAUGUCUGUGCAGAGGCUCAAAGACGAACAGGAGACGUUUGAGAAAAAGAUCCAACAGCUGGAAGAGCAGAAUCAACUCAUCGUACAGGAAAGAGAACGCUUGCAGCAGCAGUACAAGGAGUGUCAGGAGCUGCUGGGACUCUAUCAGCAGUACCUUUCCCAACAGCAGGAGAAACUCAACCAGUCCAUCUCCCAGCUGAAUCACUCACACUCGCACUACGAGAUAGCCAGCAGUGAGAGAACAUUAAGCAGAGCCCAUAGUGGGAGAGGAAGAGGUGCUGCUGUCAAUGGCUCUUAUUUGGAUCCCCCUAAUUCAGGAAGAACAGGGUCAGCAGGUUGUACUCACUCAUUUUUAGCUGGCGUCUGUUCUGGGCCAUCUCCCAUGCCCGCAUGCUGUAUUGAGCGUGACCAAGGAAGGCAUGAGGAAGACGCAGCAGAUGUCCACAAGUGUCCACGGGGUGCUUGGAGUGAGUCAGCACAUGACACGCGCCCUAAAAGGGAUCAGGUGGCCAACGAUGCCACCAAGCUGAGAGACUCGUGGCACAGAUUGGGACUGAAAAAUGGAACCGGAUGCUGCGCAGAUGAGCCCAGUGAGACGGUGCCCUACGUUGGCAGGGAGGACUGGGAGGAGAAGCGCCAGCGUUUGCUGGUUCAGAAGAAGCAGCUGGAGGCGGAAAGAGAGCGGCUGCAGGCUCGCCUUGCUGAGCAAGAAGAGAGGCUGCUAAAACAGAACCAGGAGCUCAGACAGUCCCGUCUCAACCACAGCAAGUUCCAGCAAGAAUUUGAGCAGUCUUUUAAUGAAAUCAGAUUUAAUGAAGCACCUCACCCCAGUGUCACUGCAGAUCCACACAGCGAAAGAAAAUCAGGAGGUCUUCAAGCCUUGAAGGGAAGUGUCAGACAGCCUUUAAAUGAAGUUCAACCACAGGAGCACAACCUUCCACAAGCUGAACCCAGACUUUCAAAAGAUCUCUCCACAGUUGCUAUGAAGGAUAUGGCCACUUCUCCUGUGCAUUCCCAGAACUUCCAAAAGUCUUCUCUACAGCGGGCGUACCCCGUCAGCCAUCCCAGAACCCCCGAGUCACCAAAGUUGGAUUCCUCUCUGAUUGAGCUCUUGGAUAUUUUUAGUCCGAUUAGUAAUGCGGAGAGAAGCAGAGUCAGCUGGUCUACACACAGGAGUCUCACUGGCCCUCGUCAGCCUCUCGGUGCCGUUCGGCCCGCGCACAGCUCUGUGCUUUCUCCCCGAGGCCAAACACAUCCCUCACAGGAAGAUCUGCAGGAGAGUCAGAUUCUAGAGGACAUCUUCUUCAUCUGAUAAAAAAAUAAAAUAAAAAUCGUCUUCACCAGAACCUUAAUGAGAGCACAAAACGCCGCCUAAUAAUGCACAUGGAGCUAAAUCGCUAACCAUAAAACAACUGUGCAUUUAUUUUAUUUCUAAUUUCAUUACUAGAUUUCUAAUUAUUUGUUCGUCUCAUAUUGCUUUACGAGGCCUUUGUAUUACUGCCUUAAUUGUAAACUUAUGCCAUAGUAAUCAUGGGUUUUAUUAUUUGUAAGUUAAACUUUUUUUUUUUACUCUAAUGAUAAUAAAUAUGUAUUUAUUAAUUUUUGCUUCUGAGGUCCAAAUUAAAGCAGGGUGCACACUUCAUGACUUAUGCAUCCGCCAUAACAUUAAAACCACCUGCCUAUUUAUUGUGUAGGUCCCCCUUGUGCCACCAAAACAGCUCUGACCCGUCGAGGCAUGGACUCCACAAGACCUCUGAAGUUGUGCUGUGGUAUCUGGCACCAAGACAUUAGCAGCAGAUCCUUUAAGUCCUGUAAGUUGCGAGGUAGGGCCUCCAUGGAUCGGACUUAUUUGUCCAGUACAACCCAGAGAUGCUCAAUCGGAUUGAGAUCUGGGGAAUUUGGAGGCACCUCAAACAGGGUGGCAGGGUGUGUUAUCCUGCUGAAAGACGCCACUGCAGUUAGACAAUACCAUUGCCAUGAAGGGGUGUACUUGGUCUGCAACAUUGUUUAGGUUUUGGCUGUGGGGAUUUGUGCUCAUUCAAACACAAGAGUCUUAGUGAGGUUGGGCACUUAUGUGAGGUGAGAAGGUCUGGGGUGGCAUCGGCGUUCCAGUUCAUCCCAAAGGUGUUCAUUCGGGUUGAGGUCAGGGCUCUGUGCAGGACACCCGAGUUCUUCAAUACCCACCUGGCAAACCAUGUCUUCAUGGAGCUCGCUUUGUGCACAUGGGCAUUGUCAUGUUGGAACAGGUUUGGGCUUCUUAGUUCCCCUGAAAAAGUGUAAUGAUACAGCAAGCAAAGCCAUUCUCUAUACAAUUGUGUGCUUACAGUGUUGUGGCAAAAGUUUGGGGAAGGACCACAUACAAGUGUGGUGGUUAGGUGUCCACAAACUUUUGGCCAUACGGUGUGGUUCAGAAUAGAUGAAACCAAUUCUACAGCUCUCUUCACAAGACUAUGCUGGAAUAAUUUUUUUUUUUCUUUUGCUUUAAUGGACAUUAACACUUUUAUUAUCACUUCGCAUGAAGUAUCAAGGUGCGCUAGACUUUGUAAAUCCCACUCCUACUUGCUCCUGAAGGAUUUCCUCCUGCAGUUAUUGUUGGUAUCCUUUUCAAACUAAAUCAAAUAGAAAUAAAAAUUCUUGCACUGUGGAAUAGUGAAUUCUGUUAUGACCGGCGCUGUCAGAGCCGUGGGUUGCGCAUCACUAUCCAGUGCGAGUUGAUGCUUUCUUUCCAACAAAACGGCCAAAAUAAAUAGUGAUGUCCUGUAACAGCUUUUGAAAAGACAACUAGUCACCUAGUCUUAAUACUUUUAUAAAUUAGUGGUUGACUAGUAAAAAUGAGCAGUUGUGCAACCCCUAUCGUGUGUGUAAUAAAAUCAAUUCGAAUGAAAUCAGUGAAUUUUAAUGGAUAAUUUUUCAUUUGUGCAGCACUAAAUUGUGAUGAUAUUUCUCCAUGCCAAAUCCCUCUCGCAUUUAUAUUUCAAAUUAUUCUGUUUAUAGGGCAGCACUUAAGAUGCACUUAAGGACUGUUUGCGUUUCAUUAUAGUGUGUAUAAGAACGUCCAAUUAUUUUUCCACUCCUAUUUCUACGGCUCAUCAGACGUUUUUCAAAACGGAGAUAUAAAAUUUGUUCUUGUGUAACGUGAAAUGCAUUCGUCAUACCAGCACAAUAACAGUCGUUCUGGAUGAAACACUUACACAUUAAAAGUUUAUAUUGAUUGGUUUUAGUUUAUCAAAAGUUUUGCACCCUAACUUGUGAAAGUGCGUGUAUAUUACCUUGAUUUGAAGUGGCUGUUGUAUACAAUCAGCGACUCCAGCAACACAUAAAACGAACAAACAGAUAAAACACCACGUAAAAAGGCUCGUACACAGCAGGAAAUCGGGGAGGCAUAACGCUGGUUUAUUCUAGACUGUGCUUUAUUAAUCGGGCUAAGCGGAGACGCAUCAUUCAGUAAAAUUACAAAACAAGAGUCCAGGGAGCAGAAGGAAUGCACAGUUCAGAGGUACAGCAGGAGCAGUUAAAGCACUCUGACUGCUAAUAGCUCUCAUUGGGAUAGACUUGGCAAUCAUUCACACAGAAAACCCAGCACCCUCAAGUGUGCUCAAAAUUCUCACAACUUCCUUUUUUUUCUUUUCUUAUUGUAAUUUUCUUUCUUUCUUUUUUUUUUUUUUUAAAACCAUUUGUUGCUUGCCAUUUGCUAUGCCCUUGUAUGAAUUUUGGAUGUAGGUCGAGAAGAUAGCAAGGAAUGGCUGAGGAGACAGAUGGGUUAGCAUUCCGAUCAAUCGCAGGAGUCACAGGAACUCAAGCGAGCCAGAGCAAUUUGCUGGAUUUCAUACGAAUGAAGCCCUGGGGUGGAAAAGUACAGGAAAAUCAUACACUUAAGUAAAGAAAAUUGGUUUUGUGGUAAAAAGGCAGUCAAUAAAAUGUGUCUGCAAUGACAUAUACUUCUAAAUAUUUAAAAUAAAAUGUUAAUGAUUUAAAAAAGGAAAAAAAAAAGAUGACCAGUUAUAGUAUCCAUACAACCUAGUAUUAAUUUUAAAUAUUUUCAGAUGGUAUUGAUGAAUUUUCUAUAACAGUAGCUGCAAGGUAACUAUUAAUACGCUCUUUUUAUUUAAAAAAAAAAGUAAAACAAAAUCGUUGAUAUGGUGAGGUUCUUGUAGGGAGAUGUUUAUUUAACGUUUAUGGAAGGAGUCUCCAGUGUCAGAGUUUCUAACAGUUUUUUAUUUAUUUUUUUUUUUUAUUAACUUCAUGAAAAAGAAUGUAAGUGAUGGAGGAACUAAUUUGUUUUGUGGAUGUUCCACAACAUUAAAUGUAACUAUAAAUGGAUAAUGGAUUUUUGGAUUGAUUGAAUUGUUGGCAAAGAAAAAUACUUUAGAGUAACGAUCUUUGAGAUUUAUAGCAAGUCAUUGGGGGGGGGGGUGUGUAAGUCAUUUUCCAUUAUUCUCAUGGAAUGCAGAA